AUGGAUCCAUUUCGCAGGCCCCCCUUCGAAGUUCUGGAAAGCAUUCUUUGCUCUUUGGAGUCCCGCCAAGAUAUCCGGUCUGCGAUCCGCGCCUCGCCCAGCCUGAUGCAUCAGGCCAGCGCAUCCAAAAUACACAUCCUCCGAGUCCUCCUGGCCCGCGAACUUCCCGGCGAUCAUCUGCAGGAUGCGAUGGCAGUUUUAGCAUUCCCGGCAUCUAAUACAGGCAUUUCUCAUGCCGGUUCACCUGUCGCAAGGAUCGAAAAUCAUAUGGACCAAUGGGCAACGAAAUCGUUUUCGAAUACACUGUCCGCAUACGGGGCAAAGACAAUACUGAAGCUGGACGCAUUCUCGAGGAAGUUAUACAGUUACAUAAACGACUAUCUGGCCAAGUCUACCAGCUCCGAUAUCUGCUGCGCCUAUCUCCAAGUCCCUCCCUGGGCAGAUUCGUCAUACCUAGAUGAAGGUCUCGACUCGCUCCUCGACCAAUGUCGGGGGCGUCAACGUGGCAAGGCAUCCUUGGCUACAAUUUCGAAUGAAGAGCGCCAUAGGCUGAUCUGGGCCUUUUUGAGGCGCGAGCUGAUAUGCCGACUGAACCAUAGCCAAUUUCGCCGGCCCGGCGCUCAAGCUAUGGUUCUCCGACAGCACCAGGUCCUUCACGCCCCUCAACCAGGCCUCGACGUGCCUUCGGUGGCUGUCCAGAUUUCUAUAUUCAACCGCCAGGCCCUUGGAGCUUGGGACUGGGAGGGCCCAUCGUUCUUUGACGAAACGGCGGAUAAUUCUCAGAGCGCCUGGAGGGGAGAUGUACUCCUCUCUGUCCAGGGAUAUUUCUCCUCGAUUAUCCAAGGGUUAGGCGCACGAUGUAUCCCAAUGCCAUGCCUCGAGAAGAUAGGGAUACUUCCGGACACACCAGAUAUAUUGCAGUCCAACUUGGCGAAUGCUUGUUCUUGCCUGUCCGGAUUUGGAAUGGAACUCACCGAUCGCCUCGUUAGGUCCGGCCGAGGAGCGUUUCUCCUACAGUUAGAGUCGCUGAGACAGUACAUAGAUGUGUCAACAGUGCAAGGAAGGGCUAUAAUAUUUCCUGGCCCUAUCCUCCCCUUCCCGGGCCCGGCUCUCUUUCGCAGCAGUAGGCUCGACUCACAGCCGUGCGAUCCUCAGCCGUCUCAGCUAUGGACAAGGCUUCAAGCACCUCUCUCCCAGCUCUCCUGGCAUAGUCCUGUCUGGAUGGGCUACAGGGCAAUGGCCAUGCCAUUUUUUGAUGAUGACCGCCACUACGAGGAGCCAUGGCGGAUGCCGGAGCACAAUACCCCACUAGCAGACCCGACUUCGGUGUACGGGCGUCGGGAUAUUCUGUCAUCUAUUGAAGGCCCACUUCGACUUGCCUUUUUACGCCUCCAUCGUGAUACCGCCCUCAUAUCUGGUGACGAAGAAGGCCGAGUGCUGUAG